AUGUCUACUUUAAACGUUUUCAGAUACGGUGCAUUGGUUACUGGUGUUCUUUAUGGUUUCACUCAUGAUCUUUCCCUAAAAGCUGCAGGUGAAAAGAAGAAAGAAGAAGCUGAAUACCAAAAGAAGAUCAAGCUGAUUGAAGAUGCUAAGGCAGAAUACAAGAGAUUGAACCCACCAAAGGCCUCUGCUGGUUUCAAUUUGGAAGAUCCAAACUUAGACUUUGCCAAAGCUAUUGAAUCUGCUGUUGAAAGUUUAUAA